AUUAUUUCUGAGUUUGGGUGUUAAUUUAUUUUAUUUACAUAUAUUAGUAAACAAGUUUACACAAGCUCGAAUACGAGUAUAGGUCAAAUAACCUUACCUUAUCAAAUACAUUUUAUUCUUGCAAGGUUAUCGUUGGAAUUAUUUACAUGCAUAGAGAUUUGUUGACUUACGACCAUAUAAUAUACAUACAUACAUACAUAUAACAUAUGUAAUUACAUAUAACAUACAGCGAAUGAAAAUAGAUAUUUACUCUCCAAAAGCAAUCAAAGCAAGCGGCACAAAUGGUGAAAAAAGUGCUUGAAAUCCACUCAUAAAUCACAGCUCGCGCCAAUCAAUCAGAUGAUCUCAAUUGCAUUACAGCAUAUACUUUCAAACAAACACACAUAUGUAUAAUACACACAAAUGUGUAUUUCACUGCAACUAUGUAAAUGUAGAUGUACCGUACAUACACUACAUACAUAUGUACAUAGGUAUAUACGCCGAUGAAAACAAAAACCAGCACUUUUCCAUGUGAUAUGAAGAACAUUGCUCUCUUUAACUCUCUCCACGAUCUCCAUCACUAGCCAAGUUAAGUUAUCACAAAGACAAAACAGCUAAAAGUACGCACAAAUUAGCCGUUGAAUCGUCAAGUUUUUUUUUUUUUUAAGCCAACUCGACGGCCUGGCUGCAAGCCAAGCCAAACAUCUAGCCACUUGGAGCAAUAACCAACUACCGUUUUCAGCGAAACAACAGUCUGCAGACGCUACUCAACACAAACGGAUUGGUACGGAAAAUACCGCAGAAGAAACUCGAUAUAAAACCACAGCGAGAAAGACUAAACGGCUUAAAGGCGAAUAGCCGAAAAUUGUGGUGCGUUGCAGUGUUUAUAUAUAUGUAUUUUUUUUUAAGUUAUUUUUUUUUUUUACUUCGCAUCGCGAAAAGAAAGCCUUAUAGUGUGCGCGUAUGUAUCGCGUGAUUAAAGAAGUAAACAAAACUUAAAACACAGAAUGAUGUAAAUUUCGAAUCGAACUUAGCAGGGUUAAGAGAAAACUUAAAAAAUUAAAAAAGCAAAUCAUAAAAAUAUAGCCAAUAAGUAAAUAAGUAAACAUACAAACAAUAAUGACACGCAUGCGCUUUAAUUUGCCCCAAAUUGUCUGGAGUGUUGGCCAGCGAUAUCGGCAUGCGCACCGCACAUUUAUGGCCUGAAAUGGAAGCCAGUGUAAAGCCACAUAUAUAUGGCAGUUAACUUAAACCGCCCAAUGUUCGGCAAUUAUAUGACGUGCUAGCAGCAUUACAUAACUUAUAAGAAGCAGCCUUGGAACUGAUGUCUCAGUAACCUUAAUUAGUUGUAUAAAUACAAAAACCUAUACAAACAACGUACACAAUAGCGAAGUUGGCGCCUCUAACUAGAAAAAAGAUGGUUCAUUAAAAAAAUCAAGAAGCAAGUAAGCAACAAGAAAUACAAAUACAAGCUUUACCAUCACAAAUGACGAAUGGUAUUGGAAGUCAAUAGAUUGGUCUAAAAAAAAAAAAACACGUAAUAAAAAAAUUAACAACAUUCCGUUGUGUGGUCUCUGUAGUGUUUGUUGUUAUUUUGUCGUUAAAAGAUAAAUAGAAAAUACAUACGUACGUACGAGUAUUACAGAAACACACACACAGCGAACAUAUCAACAAAAGGGCAGUAGCACUGCAAAAUGCCAAAUAGCCGGCGGCACCUACAGCAGAUACAAAAAUGUCAUCGAAAUUACCAGCACAAUCAACCUCGGCAGCAAUCACAAUUACAACAACAACGGCAGCGGCAGCAGCAGCAGCAUUCACUUUCGGCCAAAUACCUGAGACGUUACCACGACCGACUUCAAUUAGCUACAGCAAUCGCAAUUAUUUUACUCAACAUUGCAGCUGAGCACAGCUGUAUUACAGCGGUUGCCACACAAAUGGCCACUGCAACCGCAGCCACAGCUGAUGUUUCGGAUGCUGCGCUAAUGGAUGACAUUAGAAGUGUGCAUAAUAACGAAUUUGGUGGUAAUCAAAAUGAUGUUGCUGGCAAAAUGGAAGGCGGAAGUUAUUCGACCACUGGCACGGACAGCCAGCACAGUGGAACACAACAACAUCGCAAUGGAUUGCAUAAAACAUUUUCAACAUUAGAUAAAGAAGUAGUUGAUCGUUUAAUUAAACAAUGGGCACCAAUUGUAUGGUUGGCACCAGAAGAGAAAUUUUUGCCACUCGGAGUUGAAGAGUUUCUCAAUCAUGUACAUCCCAUGGAUAAGGAUAAAACGUUUAUACCUGGCAUGCCAAUUGGCGAUGAUUCGAAAAAGGCAUAUUUAGUGACCAAUGCAGAGAUCGAAGAACUAUUGGAAAAUGAAAAAUCAUUUAUCUACGGACGUAACCCGACUGAAUCGCCUGUGCCGAUUUAUGCCGUGGUCACCCUUUGCCACGAGCCGAUGCAGAAGACUACAUUGAAGCCAUCACCUCCACCAACGCCACAACCGUCACAAUUGAAUACUGCUCAACAAAAAAACCUAAUACUUACAAGUCCAUCGAAUUUCAAUCCCAGUGGUAGUGCAACAACUAAUUUCCACAACUCUCCGCUACCACUUGGGGCAGCAAUACCAAUGAGUAGCACACGCGGUCCUUAUAUACCCGUUUCUAUUGAUCCAUUUGAUGUGCAUAAUGACACAGUGCGUCGUUCAUCACGCCUGUAUCCAGUAUUCAAACGUGUUCGCCGAAAUACUCCACCUCACAAUUUACCAUUGGCUCCACUUCCUGCCUCACCGCCGGCAAUUAUAUUCAAUUUACCACCGAAGGGAUUAGUGGUGGAGCCUUAUGAAGAUCUUGUCUUGAGCGAGAGUCGUCCGAUUGACGCUGAGAAUGAAAAUCGUGCCGUCGCAGAAAUACCAACCACAGAUUCGCCAGCGCAAGCGGACAACAGCGGACAAGUGAAUAAUUUUAUAGCCAAUUUGGCAGAUAAUGUAAAAUUUAGUAUGCCAACCGAAGAGCUAUUGGAGGAUAAUAACAUCGAUGUAGACAGCAACUUCGAACGACUUGCUACAUCGGGUCCUAUUUUUAAUGAUGCUGGUGGCCAAAGCAGUGAAAAGCGGCGUAGAAAAGUGCCUAGUUUUCAUGUGACCUACUGGAUGUUUUACCCAUAUAGUCAGGGCAAAACAAUGUGCACUAUCAGCCUGGGACCACUCGGUAGCAUACCAUUUCCGGCAGUUUAUGGUUUCUGUUUGGGACGCCGCAAAGAUAUUGGCAGUCACAUUGGGGACUGGGAACAUAUGAGUUUAUAUUUCACAGGUGAUGCUGAACCAGAAGCAAUGUAUGUUUCGGCCCAUGAUGCGGGCGCAUAUUACUCAUACAAUCGCUUAACCGGAUCAUUUGAGUUUAAGAAACAAGAAACACGCAAGGGUAUAUUACAAAGGCCGAAUUUUCCGAAAACUGUGACCACUUUCAAUAACCAUCCAGUAUUAUUCGCGGCAAAAGGUUCUCACGGUCUUUGGACGGCGCCAGGAAAACAUAGAUUUGUCAAAGUGGCACGACUGUAUGACAUAAACGGUUUUGGAACACCAUGGAAUACAUGGAAAUCGGUGGAUAUUACUUAUGAAAACCUAAAAUCCUAUGGACGCGCUCUGGUACCAUCGUGGCUAUCAUUCAAGGGUAAAUGGGGCAACCCUAAAAGCAAAUGUCAUCCAUUCCGACGGAUCGGUUUGAAUUUUUGCGAGUACACCGAUGGUCCGACGGGUAUACCAUUAAAAGAGCCGCAUUUCCAGUGUGACGCAGCUUGAUUUAAUGAAUGUUUAUUUACA